UCGUAGGGGCGGCCCGCAGUGGCGGCCGGCGAAAGCCCGGGCUUCCGGCGCGUUGCUGGAGCCGCAGCGCCGAGGCAGGAGGUUUGUCCCCCCGCGCGCGCCGUCCUGCGGCCCCGCUGGAGACCCGUGCGGCGGAGAUGGGCGAGACCAUGUCGAAGAGACUGAAGCUGCACCUGGGAGGGGAGGCAGAGAUGGAGGAGCGUGCGUUCGCCAACCCCUUCCCGGACUACGAGGCCGCCGCCUCCGCGGUGCUCUCCGCUGGAGCGACAGAGGAGAUGGGCUCUGCUUGCCACCCGCCCACCACGGAUGAGCUCGGCCUCCCCUUUCACAGCGACGGAAAGAUCAUUCAUAAUUUCACAAGGCGGAUCCAGACCAAAAUCAAAGAUCUUCUGCAGCAGAUGGAAGAAGGGCUGAAGACAGCAGAUCCACAUGAUUGCUCUGCCUACACCGGCUGGACAGGCAUAGCCCUUCUGUACCUGCAGUUGUACCGGGUCACAUGUGACCAGACCUACCUGCUCCGGUCCCUGGAUUACGUAAAGAGAACACUUAGGAAUCUGAACGGCCGCAGGGUCACCUUCCUCUGCGGAGAUGCCGGGCCCCUUGCUGUGGGAGCUGUGAUAUAUCAUAAGCUCAAAAGUGACUGUGAGUCCCAGGAAUGCAUCACAAAACUUUUGCAGCUCCAGAGGGCCAUUGUCUGCCAAGAGUCAGACCUUCCUGAUGAGCUGCUGUAUGGACGGGCAGGUUAUCUAUAUGCCUUAAUGUACCUGAACAUAGAGAUCGGGCCAGGCACCGUGUGUGAGUCAGCUAUUAAAGAGGUAGUAAAUGCUAUUAUUGAAUCGGGUAAGACUUUAUCAAGAGAAGAAAGAAAAACUGAGCGCUGCCCCCUGUUAUAUCAGUGGCACAGGAAGCAGUAUGUUGGAGCAGCUCAUGGCAUGGCUGGAAUCUACUAUAUGUUAAUGCAGCCAGCAGCAAAAGUGGAUCAUGAAACCUUGACAGAAAUGGUGAAACCCAGUAUUGAUUAUGUGCGCCACAAAAAAUUCCGAUCUGGGAAUUAUCCGUCAUCAUUAAGCAAUGAAACCGAUCGCUUGGUCCACUGGUGCCAUGGCGCCCCAGGUGUGGUCCACAUGCUGAUGCAGGCAUAUAAGGUUUUUAGGGAGGAGAAAUACUUGAAAGAGGCCAUGGAGUGCAGUGACGUGAUUUGGCAGCGCGGUUUGCUGCGGAAGGGCUAUGGGAUCUGCCACGGGACUGCUGGUAACGGCUACUCCUUCCUGUCCCUUUACCAACUCACGCAGGAUAAGAAGUACCUCUACAGAGCUUGCAAGUUUGCAGAGUGGUGUCUAGAUUAUGGAGCACAUGGGUGCCGCAUUCCUGACAGACCCUACUCCCUCUUUGAAGGCAUGGCUGGCGCCAUUCACUUUCUCUCCGACAUCCUGAGACCAGAGACAGCACAGUUUCCAGCGUUUGAACUUGGCUCUUCAAAGAGGGAUUAAAAGGUGCAAAGAGACAACUAAAAUACCUGUUUGGACCAAAAGCCAUCAGAUUGCUUAGUGCCUGACACAGAAACAACUGUGAACCCUGAAAGAGAGAGAAAAAAUAAGGCACCUUCACAGGCCCCCUUUUGUUGCAAAGACCCUCAAGUUAGAGCAUGAGUGACAGAAACCAUCCCAUUAGCAUUUUGUGACAGUGUCUCCUCACCUAUGUGAAAUACAACUUCUUCACAUCUGGCUUCUCUGCAGUGUUUGCAUGUCUCUCAGCAUUUGUUUUCUCUAGGUGUAAGUUUCUGGACACGGAAAGCCCUUCUCAUGGAGCUCGGAGCCAGCUGUGCACGAGUGUCUGGUGGCGGUGGCCAUUUUUCUGUGCCUACUGUAUAAAGUGGGGUGUCUCUUGUUGACAGACAAAGGAACAGGCAGGUGAUGUCUCUUCUGUAUUUGAAGGAUUGUCUGGAGCGGAGCCUAGUGAUGACAUGUUGUCAGCGUUUUCUGUGGGCACCUUUCAGACGAGCAUGCAGGAAAGACCCCAGGAACUGAGGAGAGGCACAGAUCCGAAAGUGUGUGGAGGGGUGUGGGAGGGGUGGAGGGGCCAUAGCUGCAAGCCUCCUCAUUGGGUUUUGUGCUCACCUUAGUGUUUUAAAGAAGCCCCAGGGGGCAUUGUGGCUCUACUGGGGUCCCCAUUCUCAGCAGAGGUUUCAGGUACUUUGUGUAAAGUUUGAAAGGCCCCUUGCAGUCCCAGGCAGCUCGCCUUCUGGGAGCAGACUUCAGGGUGCCAAGGGCAGCGGCAGGGAAGCCUCCUGGUGACUGAGUGCUGGCAGUGCUAGAGCGUUUGCCCAGGUGUAUGUUAUUAAAACCAACGGUGCCUCAAUUUUAUCAACAUUGCAAAUGUUAUUGUAAGAACAGUGGCUACAAUUCCAGAUGGGUAGGAAACAGAAAGAUACUCAAUUGGACCCAUGUCCCUAAAGCUAAGUUUAUUUCAGACUUUUGGUCAAUGUCCAAAUACAAAUUUGGAGUGAAUACAUUUCAUAUUUUUUGGACUACUCUUGGGUGGUAAAGUCAAAAGUACUAGUCUGAAUUUAUAGAUAUGAGGAAACAUAAUGAUCUAACCAAGAAAAUCAGGGUAUUAUCUGUCUGACAUUUUUUAUCUAAAACAUAUGGGCAGUAAUUUGGAUUAGUUUGCCUUCAGUGAUUCUGUCAUGUAGAUUUCAGUUUUAGAAGGGUUUCUGUCAUCAUGAUACAAGCGGUCCAGGACUUUCUAAAUACUCUUGUGAGCUAAGGGGUGUGUCAUAAAGGACAAUAUAUAGGGUGCUCUGACGGUCUUAAGCCUUGUCUGCAGGGGCCUGCCUAAGAAUGGACCAGCCUUAGUUCCCACUCCUUUUGUGAAGGAGAAAGAAGAUCGUCAGUAGAAAAGAUGAGCCUCCUCGUCCCUGUGCAGCUCUCUGUGGGGCUGGUACCCGAAACACGUGACCUUCGGUUUCUAAGUGAUGCCUUCUGAAUGCAUUGCAGACAUUUUUGCUUCCAAGUCAUGAUUGUUUUGUCUCAUGGAGAUCAAUGACUUCCGUGGGUAUAAAUCCUCAUAGUUGUAUUUUAACUGACUCCCACACCCCAUGACGUGAACGUGGGUGCACUCUCAUGAGCCAGCUGAGAGACCUUGUCCCAACACGUUCCCAUCCUCCCCACCCACCUCAUUGGAAAGCCAUACACACUACAGAGCUCACUGGUGAGGUUCUGCCUGUGUCCUUUCUCAGGGGCCGCCAGUCGGGGGGCCGCAUAGGAGUCACCCUGGCUCCACGAUAGCCCUCCUCAGCAGGGAGGGGACAGUGGUGACCCUGGCCCCGUCAGGCCCAGUGUCUUGACCAGCAGCAGCGAGGGUAACUCUUAGUUAUUUGGGUGUCUUCCAGGCACUUACUCACAUGCACAUUUGAAAAUACUUGUCUUUCUGACUGGCCCACUGAGGGAAAGAUAAAGUACCUGUGGAAUAAAUGGAGGAGAUUUUAUUUACAGGCUUUUUUGAGGCCAGCUAGGUUGACACCGUCCCACUCACCCACUGUAUACCAACAGGUGCGCUGCUGUGUGACUCUGCAUUGGCCACUUCCUUGUCCGCCGGCCGCUGUGCGACAGCAGUUCCAGCUCCCAGCCCCUGAAGGCAAAGCACAAACGGCAUGCACUUCACAGGACAGAGACUUACAGAAGCCAGUUUCAUAGUUAAUAAGUGUUUGAAAUAAGAUUUCAGGUCAUCUCCAGUCAUUUCUAGGAUUUGUGUCCACAACUGUGUUUUUCAAAAAUGUGUCUAAACUUUAAAGAUGCACAACACUGUUUAAAAUUUAAAGAAAAAAAGUUGAUGUCCACAAAAAGUAUUUGGAGUUCUUUGGUUUUGUUAGUAAAAGACAGUUUUGUGAUGA